GAGGGUGUGAGUAGUCACAUCAUGGUGGUAUGCGGUGGACGCUACGGACGCUUCCCAAGAAGCUUCGAAUGUUCGAAAGUUACACGUAGGAUCAUCGAAGACACCUGCGUUCGCUGAAUUUUUUCGGGCACUUGAAGUUCUGCUGAAGAGGGGACGCCUGGUCCUGGCCGGGACCCUCGAGUGCUCGGGCUCUGAUGGGAGCGGCUGCAGGGACCGGCGCCUGGCGGACCACCCGCACCGUGGAGACCAGCACGUGACCGGUAGUAAGAGAGACUGAUUGGGCCGACCAUGGAGAAGCGGCCGGCAUGCGGGGUGGGCUCGUCGUCGGGCAUCCCGAAGAUCAUGGUGUUCCGCCCCACCCUGGCCGAGAUGAACGACUUUUCCCAGUACCUCGAGCACAUGGAGUCCCAGGGGGCUCACAAAGCCGGGCUGGCCAAGAUUAUUCCGCCCCGCGAGUGGAUCCCGCGCAAGAGUGGCUACGAGGACAUCCACAUGAUGAUCCCGUCGCCCAUCUCCCAAGUGGUGACGGGGAGGCAGGGCCUCUACCAGCAGUACAACAUCCAGAAGAAGGCCAUGACCGUCAAGGACUUCAAGCGCCUUGCCGAGAGCGACAGGUACCGGACCCCCGUGCACUUUGACUAUGAGGACCUGGAGCGCAAGUACUGGAAGAACGUGGCUUACAAUCCGCCCAUCUAUGGUGCCGACGUGUCUGGCUCCCUCUACGACCCUGGUGUCAAGGAGUUCAACAUCAACCACCUGAACACAAUCCUGGACCUGGUCGGCCGGGACUACGGCAUCAAGAUUGAGGGGGUGAACACGGCCUACCUUUACUUUGGCAUGUGGAAGACCACCUUUGCCUGGCACACGGAGGACAUGGACCUCUACUCCAUCAACUACCUGCACUUUGGGGCACCAAAGUCCUGGUACUGCAUCCCGCCGGAGCACGGCAGGCGGCUGGAGCGCCUGGCCGCAGGGUUCUUCCACACCACUGCGCAGGAGUGCUCAGCAUUUCUGCGCCACAAGAUGACCGUCAUCUCCCCACAGAUCUUGCGGCAGUACUCGAUUCCCUUCAACAAGAUCACACAGGAGCCAGGCGAGUUCAUGAUCACAUUCCCGUACGGUUACCAUGCUGGCUUCAACCACGGCUUCAACUGCGCCGAAUCCACCAACUUCGCCCUGCCCCGCUGGGUGGAGUACGGCAAGAGAGCCUCCCAGUGCAUGUGCCGCCAGGACUGUGUCAAGAUCAGCAUGGAUGUGUUUGUGAAGAAGUUGCAACCGGAAAAGUACGAGCUGUGGCUGGCGGGGAAAGACGUGGGCAGCCACCCGGAGGACCCCACCCGGGUGUCGGCCGCACCGCCGCCCACCUACCUCGAGAUGGCCAUGCUGGCGCGCAUGGUGAAGCCCAAGUCCAAGCGGCACCCGGUGGCCCCCGCGGGCGAGUGUCCGGCCGAGGAGGACGGGGACACGGACGGCACGGAGAUCUACGACCCGGAGGAGUCGAGCGAGGACCGGGCGCCCAAGCGGAAGCGCCAGGCCAAGGUCCCCGCCCAGCCCAGGCGUCCCAGGGCUGCGGGGGCCGGCAGGGCCCCCAACGGAGGCGCCCUCAAGAAGCCUCCCCGCAAGCCCAGGAACCAGGCUAAACCCAAGCCGGUUCGGGAGAAGGAGCGCCCGAUGCAGGAGCUGAGCGUAAAGGUGGAACCCCUGGAUGCGGCUCCCGGCCUGGAGCUCCUGGCGGUGCCCCCGGUGGUGACCCCGGCACCCUCACCCCUCUCGGACACCGUGCUCCGGCUGGAGCAGCGCCUCGAGGAGCAGCCACCUGCACGGAGCCCGAGCCCCCCCAAGCCGAAGGAGGAGCCCUGGGCUCCCGAAAGCCCGGUCAAGUCGGUCGGGGAGCCCUGGGUUCCCGUGAGCCCGGUCAAGUCGGUCGGGGAGCCCUGGACGCUGGAGAGCCCCACCAAGGUUCUGGUCGGGCAGCCCUGGGCCCUGGAGACCCCCCUGGAGUGUCCCCUGAACCUGUCUGCCCCGGCAAGGACUCUCCUCCAAGAGACCCCCAAGGAGGAGAAGGAGGUGCUUCCCACGGAGGUGAAUGUAGGGCGUCGGCUGUGCAUGGGGACGGCGGUGCGUCGCCAGCCCUUGCACCCGGCCCCCAAACGUCCCAGGGCCCCCCAGACGGGCAGCGGAGCAGACAGCGACGACGGGCUCGGGGCGAGAGAGCCCGGGGUGGCGGCCUGGGCGUCCCCCUACAUGGACCUGUGGAGCUUUCGGCCCACCAGCCUGUAUGCGGAGCGCCAGUUCAACCGCUACUGCUCCACCCUGGAGCCCCACUGCGCCCUCUGCAUCCUUUUCCGACCCCUCAAGUACUCGCUGGAAAGUGCCCCAAGGGAGCCCCCCCAGGUGCCGGAGUCCAGCGCGGUAUGGAUGCCCGCCCUGUGCCUGGCCAACGGGGCCGUGGACCCGGGGAACCCCCGGGGGCUGCCCGAGAUGUCGGAGGUGGCUUCCAGCCCCCUGCUCGUCUGCUCAGAGUGUUCCGUCUGCGUCCACGCACAUUGCUACGGCGUCGAACAGCCGGUGUCCACCACGGAGCCCUGGAAGUGUGACCGCUGUGCCCAGCAGGCCGCCAGCGUGGACUGCUGCCUGUGCACCCUGCGAGGCGGGGCACUGAAGCAGACGGUAGAAGGACGCUGGGCGCACCUGCUGUGUGCCCUGCUGGUGCCCGAGGUGCACGUGGGGGAGGGCCCCACGCGGUCCCCCGUGGACGUGCGACACAUCACCCCACAGAGGGCACGCCUGCGCUGCUGGUACUGCCACAAGCUGCGCGACCUGCUGGGGCGUCCCUCGGAGACGGGCGCCUGCAUCCAGUGCACCUUUGGCCGCUGCACCACGGCGUUCCACGUAACGUGCGCCCAUGCUGCAGGUGUCUCUUUUGAGACCUACGACUGGCCCCUGCCCAUCUUUGUGACCUGCACCAAGCACGCCAACUCGCCCAACCAAAAGCGGGAUCUGGCGGGGGAGCUGCCCCCCGUGGCGGUGGGCUCUCGGGUGGUGGCCAAGCACAAGAACGGCCGCUACUACUGGGGCCGGGUGCGCAGCACCCACUCGCAGGACCUGUACUCGGUGGACUUCGAGGAUCACUCGUCCAGCAACAACCUGCUGCCCGAGGACAUUGUUAGCCGGGACUGCGUGCUGCUGGGUCCCCCCAGCCCGGGAGAGCUGGUGUCCGUGCGCUGGACCGACGGCAAGCUGUACCAAUCGAUCUUCAAGAGCUGCACCUCGACCACCUUGUACACGGUAGUCUUUGAGGACGAGUCGGAGCGCAACUCCAAGCGGGAGGCCAUCUACGCGGAGGGGGAGGAGCUGCCCAAGCGAGUCAAGUCUAGGUUGUCUUCGGCAACCGAAGGACAGCACACGGACCUGUUCAAAGAGCUGCCGGUGGAAGGUCGUCGCAAGCGUGUCGGCACCGCCCGCUACCACACAGACGACAUCGUGCUCCUGUGAGGCGACGUCAAGUGCGGUGGGUGCGGCCACCUCGCCAGACGCACCGCCACGCUGCCCUCCACUGUACCUGAGGAGGGAGGACUGUGUCGCGUCACGAUGACGCUCGUCCGCUAGAGCAAAUCGUCGAACCGUGUAGAUUGAACAUCUCGUCGCGCGGCGUGGCAGCCGCUUGUGUUUCCCGCGGGCGACACUCGGAUUGACGCGGCAACGUUGCAAGCCGUACUUUGCGUGACUUGUGCUCGGCGUGACCGACACCGGCUGUGCUAUACGACAAGUUGAACGGCGUGCAAAGGCCGCUCCAGACCCGUGACUUAGUUCCAGGGCGCUCGCGCGUCGCAGGGGCCGUCAAUCUUCGCCGAACAUCCUUGUGAAAACAUGCGAGACUUUCCCACUUCUUAGCUCACUUGUUUUCCCUCCUUGACGUAAAAUCUCGCCAGGCCACACCUCAUUCUGGAAUCAUCAAAUGAUGUAAGCUUCUUGAGAGGAACUGUGUUGGAGGCCUGGUUUUGCGGGAAGCCGUUCGGUGCAAUGGCUUGUACGGGCCCGUCCCUUCUCGUCGUGAAGGAUGCUAGCCGAAGCGUAGCAUUCUGUAGGUUUGUCGCGAAUGUUUUUUGCCAAGCAAUCUUAGUGUUUCGUGCAAGUUCCAGACAAAAGAAAACCAUCCAUUUGUACAAAGUUACCCAUGCAGAUUUCAUUUCUCAUAACUGGGAACAUUUGUGGUUGGUCACGUCUCGAGAGUUUCUGCGGGAGCCGAGACCCCGUUUGACCAGCACUGUGCCGCCAUUUUUCGUGUUCCGACAAAUGUUUAUUUAUAACCGUCUGCUGUUGUGGCUGUACCUUUCCUCGAGAAUAAAAUUUUGUGUAUGCCCAGCUACGGA